AAAAGAGAGGAGAAGGAAGGAGACGAUUGACCGACCACCCUGCAGUCCUCUCCUCCAAAAUCACAGAAUCAAAACUCUCACAUUCAUUCUUGAUACACCAUUAAGUCCACCCCCUUUGGAUGAUUGACCACCCUUGCCUCCCUCCCCCUUUAAUACUCAGAGCUGGGUUAACGAUGAUCGUCAUCUCUCGUGCCAUGGGCUUCGUGUCGCUCCUUGCACUUUCCGGCGGCAUCUUCUACGUCGCCCUGAAGGCACAUCAGCAACUCGUCUCCGAUUUCAACAACCAGAUACGACGCGAAUUGGGUAAAAACCUUCUCGUUAACGACGACGAAGAAACAUUGCCUUCUCAAUUUUCACAGAAAAAACGUCGGCCGAAGAUCAAGAGAGUGAGAUUCGCGGACGACGUCCUCGAACCUUCUUCCGAUAACCAGGCCUACAGGAAGCGCCGACCCAAGAUGACGAGCAGCCGGCUUCCUGCGAUCAACGAACGAGAACACGAGGGCGGGGACGUUCCGCCAGGUAUGCCCCUCAACAGGGUGGCCUUGUACAGAGGGAUGAGAGAAGACCGUAUCAAGAGGGGACUCUUGCAUUGACGCGCCCUCUGCCUCGCUGCCUCCUUGUUUCGUUACAGGUCGCAAGAGCACGAACCUGGAAAAGGAAAAUCCCCCAAACUUUUCAGAAACUUGCGCGCGUGCGAGAAAAAUGACCAUGCACCCUAGGCUGUCAUUGUAGGCAUAUUGCACUCCUUCCUUGUUCAUCGUUUUCUUUCUUCGCUGCUUUCUUGCUAGCUUUU